UUUCUACAUCUAAUGCAUGAUUACAAACAGAUCAGAAGCUUAAAUGGAUUUUUCAGGAUCCUUAUUUGAGGUUUUUUGCGUUAUGGUUUUUGUUUCACCAGAUCAAGCUCUUGUACACUGACCCUUUCUGGACUAACAGAUGACCACAGAAACAGAAGAUGACUUUUAUCAAUCAGACGAUGACUUGGAUGAAGAUGAGGCGACGCAAUAUAUAAUUGAACAAAGUCUUAUUCAGUAUAGAAAGCUCAAAGGGUUGAAUCCAAGGUGAAUAUUUAGUCACUCAGGCAUCAAUCUGUCUUUGUAUGUUGUGUUUUUGUUGUUGAUUAGUGUAAUGAUUUUCACUUCCCAUCAAAAGUGAUCUAAAGCCGAGUGAAGACCCUGAUGAGAUUUUCAGAGCUAUCAAAGAAGGUAAACAGAUGUGGUUCGGGAACCAUUAAAGCAAAUUGUGAUGAAUCCUGCCAAGAUUCUCAGAGGGUCUCGUCUUCAUGUUUAGGUGAUGAAAAUGCACUUCACAGACUGGCACUGCAGCCAGAAAUGCUGUCCAGAGUGGAUGACCGAGGGUGGAUCCCUCUGCAUGAGGCUGCAGUGCAGGGGAGUAAGAGGAUACUGGAGAUUAUCUUUUCAGGUAGGGAGGUUAUAUUUGAUCUCAUGAGCUCCUGUAAAACGCAGACAUGCUGAUUUUCUCUGUGUGUGGGUUCCAGCAUCACCCCCGGGUGUGGUCCAGUGUCGCACUCUCAAGGGUGAGACGCCGUUGUUUCUAGCUGUGGUUCAUGGACUCAGAGAGAGUGCCACAUUCCUGUUACAGAACGGUUCGAGCCCGGAUCUCCAGAACGACGAGCAGGAUUCUCCUUUGGUGGCAGGUACUAAAUCUCGAAACAAAGCCUCUGUCUGCUCUCUUUUAUUACACCUACACACUAAGGAUGAUUUACUGAUUGUCCUCUUCUCUCUCUUCCUCUUAGCUAUUCUGAACGACCAGUAUGACUUAGCCACACUCUUGCUACGUUACAACGCCAGCGUAGACCAGACAGGACCACUGAACAGGACAGCUCUACACGAGUCCUCCUUCUUAGGCUUAGAGAACUUUGUCUAUCUGCUCCUGGACUCUGGUGCCAACCCUAAUGCAUGUGACAUAAAGAAGAAAACUCCCCUAGCUCUGUCUGCACAAAACGGACAUCUGAAUGUGGUGGAGGUUCUGUUGGAGAAAGGUAACAUGUCUGAGAUAAAUUACCUUUCACUAGUGCAACAUGACACUUCAUGGUGCAGGAGGAGGGAUUAAAAUGUACAGUUUGCAUUCUAGAUUUUGUUAAAACCUGCAAAAUUCAUGUGCGUUUGACUCUAUAGGAGCCCAUGCAUGGUGUGAAUCAGAGUCUGGAACUAUCCUGUUUGAUGCUGCAGCAUCAGGAAACCCAGACAUAAUCUCCCUUCUUCUGGAUUAUGGAGCAGACCCCAAUCAACCUCUGUACAGUGGACACCUGCCAAUCCAUCGAGUGGCCUACCAUGGACACAUACUGUGAGGAUUUCUGUCUGUCUGUGUUACAUUUAUCUCUUUUACUUCUUAAAAGUUUCUGAACUCCUUUUUUCGUUUCACAUGAGGCCUCUUUUCCGACAGGGCUCUGGAGCGGCUCAUCCCUGUGACUAAGCUGGAGGCUAUAAAAGAAAGUGGGAUGAGUCCUCUCCAUUCUGCAGCUGCUGGUGGACACCAACACUGUGUGGAGAUGCUGCUCAAAGCCGGCUUCGACCCAAACUUUAUGCUUCAUCAGAGGGUGCGCCGCAACUACGAUGACGAGCGCAGGUCUGCCCUCUUUUUCGCCGUGUCCAACAAUGAUCUCCAGUGCACCCGUUCGCUGUUAGAAGCGGGGGCGAUGGUGAACCAGGAUCCUAUCAACUGUUUGCAGGUGGCUCUCAGACAGGGCAACUAUGAACUGAUAAACACGUUACUGAAGUUUGGAGCAAAUGUAAACUACUACUCCAGAAUCAACACCACCCACUUCCCCUCAGCAUUGCAGUAUGCUCUGAAAGACGAGGUCAUGCUGAGGAUGAUUCUCAACCAUGGAUAUGAUGUCAAGCGUUGCUUUGACUGUCCCUAUGGUGAUAGUUCCCAUGACUAUGCUCCUUGGACGACCUCAAUCAUUAAAGACAUGGUGGUGAGUCAAGGCUUGUCUGGGAGAAAAAAAUGUGUAAAGAUCAGAAAUAUGUGAAUGGAUUCUACCGUGUAAACACUUCUUUCAGGGUUUCCUUCCUCUGCCAUGCGUGUCUGUGUCUCUCUACAGUUCUGUGAGGUAAUAACAGUGGCCUGGCUCAAGCACAUCUCCGCUCAGGUGGUACGCAUCAUGCUGGACUACACCGACAGCGUAACCUUUUGCACCAAACUUAAAGAAACCCUGAUGGAGGAAAAACAGUGGCAGGACAUCUGUGACAUUCAAAGUAAGAAAGUCACACUCAUUUGUACUGAUGACGACGUGUGCAUUCAUUUACUUACUCUCUAUUUGUAUGCAGGAAAUGCACGCAGUCUGAAACACCUGUGUCGGCUGAGGAUAAGGGAGCAUUUCAGUCGUCUGCGCUUAAAGGCUCCAGUUUUCAUCAACUUUCUUCCUCUUCCUCCCAUGCUGAAGGAUUACCUACGCUACAAGGAGUUUGAUGUAUACAGCAGGGGCAGCUUAAUGAACCCACAUUAA